AUGUCAGACCAAUCUUUGAAAAGAGAGUCCGAAGCUGCUGCCCAGCAAGAAGAUAUUAAGAGGACAAAAGUUGGUGAAGGUAUAAAUGAAGGUAUAAACAAUAACAACAUCACUGAAAAGGAUGUUGGUAUCACGCAUUACUUAUCAAUGGAUAAUGUUGGUUUCAAUGGUCAGAUCAAACAAAGGUACACUGACUUUUUAGUCAAUGAAAUCACCAAGCAAGGCGAAGUUGUGCAUUUGACUGACAAAGGUUUUAAUAUGCCAAAGAAGCCAAAGCCAACGAGAGAACAAAUCGAGCAAUCGCAAAAAGAAGAACUUGAGAAACGCCAAGGAUUUAAGGUGGAUGAAGGAAUUAGAAAUGAACUUGUUGAACUUUUGGGAGAAGAGGAUGUUCAAAAAAUUGAAGCUGUGUACCGCUCAAAUAAAAAGAUUGAAACAUCGAAGGCAUUCGAUGAUAAACUUGAAAGGACUAAAAUACAUCAACUGCUACGUAGAGCUUUCGACAACAAGUUAGAAUCUGUAACGACGGAUUCAAACCAUUUCAUUGUUGGAAUGGCUUCUCGCCAAACACGUGUUAGCAAAGAAGAAUUGAUCGAACAAACUAAGGAUGCAAACGGUGUCGAAAACUGGGGUUAUGGUCCAUCAAAAUCGUUUAUUCAUUUUACUGUCUAUAAGGAAAACAAAGAUACUAUGGAUGUCGCUAAUACUUUAUCAAAAUUCAUGAGAAUUCCAACAAGGUUGAUCAGAUUUUCUGGAACAAAGGAUCGUAGGGCUGUCACUUGUCAAAGAAUGUCUUUAUCCAAAAUUGGUUUGGACAGAUUAAACGGACUAAACAAGGGCUUGAAGGGUGUCGUUCUAGGUGGCUACAAAUUCGAAGAUGAGCCAUUGAACUUGGGAGAUCUACAGGGAAACGAAUUCACUAUUGCUAUCAGAGAUGUUUCAUUGAAGAAUGAAGGCGAUGAUUUGGAUGAUAUCCUAGCCAAUGGCAUGAAAUCCUUGGAACAAAAUGGGUUCAUCAAUUAUUUCGGUAUGCAAAGAUUUGGUACGUUCAGUGUUUCAACGCAUCAAAUUGGGCAAGUCCUAUUAUCAGGUAACUGGAAACAAGCUGUUGAUUUGAUCAUGGCUGAACAAGAAAAUGUUUUGCCAAUUUCCAAAGAAGCUAGAAGAAUUUGGGCACAAACCAGGAACCCAAUCUAUGCAGCCAAAGCAAUGCCACAUCAGUGUUUGGCAGAAAAUGCCAUUCUCAAUGCACUAUGUCAUGAGGAGAAAUGUGAAACAUCAAACGAUUACCCUAUUAGCUCAUAUCACAAUGCUAUUCUAAAGAUUCCUAGAAACUUGAGAACUAUGUAUGUGCAUGCUUACCAAAGUUAUGUUUGGAACAUGGUCGCUAGCGAAAGGAUUAAAUUAUUUGGAUUGAAUGUCAUCGAAGGUGACCUUGUUGUUGACGAAACAUCUGCUGCUGAGUCUGAUGACCAAGCCAAACAGGACGAGGAUGACUUUGAUGAAGACCUCCGCGAAACGAAGUUUAUUCGUGCAAGACCAGUGACAGCAGAAGAAGUUGCUGCUCAAACUUUCACCGUGAAUGAUGUUGUACUACCAACACCUGGUUUUGAUAUUGUCUAUCCGAGCAAUGAAAACCUUCGCCAACUAUAUGUUGACGUUAUGGCAAAAGAUAACAUGGAUCCCUUCGAUAUGAAGCGGAAAGUUCGUGAUUUUUCCCUUGCCGGCUCCUACAGAAAUGUUAUCAAUAAACCAACUGAUAUCGAAUACCAAGUUGUUUCAUAUGAAAACCCAACUGACCAAUUGAUCAACACCGAUUUAGAAAUUCUGAACGCCAAUAGAGGUAAAGACAACGGCCAAAAAUACAUCAAAUCAAAACUAGAAAGAUACAUGAAAGUAAAGGAUGGUAACAAAAAGGCAGUUAUUAUCAAAUUCAAACUUGGAGUGUCUGCCUAUGCUACCAUGGUAUUACGUGAAUUAAUGAAGGUGGAGACUUCACGCCGUGGUGACAUGUGUAAUGUUAGUGUCUGA